UCGUAAACCAGCAGCAGCAGCAGCAGCAGCAGCAGGAACGAGGCGGCAGCCGCAGCAAUAGUCAACGGCAUUGAUGCGGGGGUUUUUGUUCACCGGCUGACUCUCAGCGUCUGCAGUUCCUCCAGGUUUGUUAACCGGUGAACGUCGAGGAGACGCGAUUUACACGAGGAAAAAUAUCCGAGGUUACAAGAACGCGGCGAAGAAUAAUCGAGGUCUGCGUUAUUUUCGUGAAUCGUUUCUGAAUGGUGAAGAAAAAAAAAAAAAAAAAAACGUUUCGCCGCAUGAUCGGGAUGUGAAUAAGUUAUCCAUCGAGUUUUAACAGAAUUAAUUCCGAAGGACGAAAAGCAGCGGAUUCUGAUCAGAUACGUAGAGAAAAAUUAUUCGUACCUUUGAAGGGUCCGAAUUCAGAAGAGCGGAUAAUCCUGAAACGAAUUUUUCCAAGGGCUGCCCUGUAAAAAAAUGGAAUCGUAGAAGAGAUCCGUGGAUAUCGAAUCGUGGGAUAAAAUCGAGUAAGAAAAAAUGCCUGAACCAAAAAGUGAGGAGGAAGAGACGUCGGAUGACGAGGAGGUCGAUCUGGAUUUGGGAGAACCUUCGGAGGAAGUUAUGGAAUACGCGAGACGCGAACUCGGUGAAACCGAGGAAGCUAAAUGCCAAUCGAUUCAGGAACUCAGGGACUUGAUUUACGAGAGGGGCGAGUGCACACCACAUCGAAUGGACGACGCGUUUCUGAUAAGAUUUCUGAGAGCGAGGAAUUUCAACGCCUACCGUGCGCAUAGACUGGUGGUGAACUACUGCAAUUUCAAGGAAGAUCACCCGGAGAUCCACCGGGACGUGAAACCCCUGGAGAUGCGUCACAUAGGCGACGAUGACAUAGUGACGGUGCCGGCGUACCGGGCGCAGUGCGGUCGGCGUAUAAUGAUUUACAGAAUGGGAAAUUGGGAUCCUCGUAAAUACUCGCUGGAGGAAAUCUUCAAGGCUACGGUGAUCAUCCUUGAACUGGGUAUCCUCGAACCGCGGGCCCAGAUCCUCGGCGGCAUCGUAAUCUUCGACCUCGAAGGACUGACGAUGGCGCACGCCUGGUCGGUCACCCCGCAAGUGGCCGGCAUGGUUCUCUCCCUGAUGGUCUCGGCUUUCCCCAUGAAGUCCCAGGCCAUCCACAUCCUCCACCAGUCCUGGAUAUUCGACGCCAUAUUCGCGGUGUUCAAACCGCUACUCGACGCCAGAAUGAGGGACAAGAUAUUCUUCCACGGCGACAAUAUGGAAAGUCUUCAUCGUCACAUCGAUCCUACUUCGUUGCCAAAAAAAUACGGUGGCACGCGCAACGAACUUCCGUACUACAAGUGGAUCGACAAGCUAAGCCAGAACCCGACGAUCGUUAAGGAAAUGCAGCAGCUCGGCUACAUCGUACCUGAAGAACUGCUCAAGUUAUUGAAGUUGUAGCUCGAGGAUGAGAAAAGCAAACGAUGACAACGGGAGAAAAUAUGUUCUCAGUGUACCGUAGCUCUAUGCUACGUGUACGUGUGUAUUUAAUUCGACGAGAUUUUUUUUUAUGUAAUUAUUAAUCGAGGAGAAUCAAUAAAAGAUUAUUCCUA